CAAGUUCGUUUAAGCGCAAUAAUGAAUUCUUACAUUAUUUUUUCGAUUUUAUUUUUGUUACUUCAAACCUCAUUCGCUGCGCCGCCAAAGGAAGAAGAUUUUCCCACUCAGUGUAAAGCUGUUUGCUUCAAUGCCGUACAACCCUUCUUGUCUUACCUGGAGAUCCUUCAAAAGAGGGUCGAGGUCUGUGAGGUGACAGUUGCUGGUGAUACACUGACACAAAUAGCGAUAUUAAAUGGAACUCUGGAAGUCCUUGGCAAAAAACUGGCGACUCAGGAAGAACGGGAGAAGGAGUCAGCUGCUAAAAUAACAAAUUUGGAACAGGCCUUGGCUGCGGGUGCCCAAAAUCUUCGUUAUACUAAGAGUGAACCAUUUGAAAAACUUGGUUCCAAGUAUUAUUAUAUCGAAGAGAAGCUAAGACAAAGCUGGCACGGUUCUUUAAAAAUGUGCCAUAAGCUAGGUGGUCAUUUGGUUAGUCUACAAAAUCAGGAGGAGAUCGAAGCUAUUAACGGAAGGUUGAAGGAAUAUACGUCAUACUGGAUCGACGUGACUGAUCAGUUCAAGGAUGGAGAUUAUAUUUCUAUAUCCACAGGUUGGAAUGCAAGUUUCCUAAACUGGGCUAAGAAUGAGCCCUCUCAUGGCGAAGAGCUCUGUGUCGAGUUGCAUACUCAUUUUGGACCUGCUGUGAUGAAUGAUAGUCGCUGUUCCAAUAAAAAGUUUUUCAUUUGCGAAUCAAAUGCUUUAGAAUUAUGAAAUUUUUGAAA